GCAACUUGAAUUCGGCUCCUGGGAAGAAGUGCUUUCGAUUUCAGUGAGGCUCGGAGGAAGAAAUUCGCGCUGGAAAUGGUUGAUCGAGACAGAGAGUGGGACUUUCACCUCAGGGCGUUAUCUUCGAGUGCCAGAGAUUCCAGUUUUGCCAAUGAUCCUGCUUCCGAUCAUUCUCUCCUGAAUUCGGUGAAGAAGCUUCAUGAAUUGUGUAAAGCUGAGAAAUCUGAAGAUUUGAUAGCCAGAGUUUACCCGCAGCUUAACAAAAUUUUUCAACGCUCGGUGGCUUCAAUUUCUCAAUCUCAAACUUCUAACGGCCUUCUUUUACUGGCCAUUCUUCAAUUUUUCCUUGAUUUCGGGGAGGUGGUUCUACAUGAUGCUGAUUCUAAUCUGAGAACUUUUUUCCGUUCAUGUUUGAGCCGUGAGUUUGCAGACCCUGCUGUUGCAGAAGCAACAAUAGAUUUUCUCAAUCUCAACCAGAAAAAACUUCUGACUUCUUUUCCUACGUUGCUCCCUCAGUUUUUCCCAUUAAUGCUCAAGCUAAUUGCGUGGAACGGAGAGAAAUUAGAAAAAUCAUUUCUGAGGGUGUUUCCUGCAUUGAUGUCCCCUGGGUCACUUCUUCCACUGUUCCCAUCUCUUGUAGACUUACCAAUACUGGUGGUGGCAUUAGAAAAGGUGGAACGGAACUCAGGAUCAUUGAUUGGCAGCAGCAUAGCUUCACUCCAGAAGAGUACGGCUCCUGAGAUGCUGCUUGCGCUUAUGGAUGAAGCUUAUACUGGAUCAACUAUAGGGGAUGGAGGGGCAGACUCUGAAUCUGAGGAUAGCAAUACAAUGGCUGUUGUUGAUCCACUGUUUCUUGAUCUCCUCAAGGAUGAAAAUGAUGGUCUUGCUGAGCGCCAUUGGGCUUCUCCUAUGGUCACUGCAGUAUUGCAGGCUGCUGCAAACACCCCCCAGUCUGAUAGGCUGAAAGAAGCACUCAAGAUGACACCUCAAUUUCUUGAUGCUUACUUUGCUAUAGCUGUGCGAGAUGUUAAUGAUUCUUUAAUAUGUGCAUUAGUUCCCCUACUUAUGGCAAGAAAUUCCACUCUCUUUCCAGAUAAAGUGUUCUCUUAUGAGGUUCAAAAGAGGCUCUUACAAUUUAUGCUUGCUGCAUUUGAUCGAUCACCUAAUUUUGUUGCACUUCUAAAGAAGCCUAUUAUCAACAGACUUGGAGAAGCUUAUGACAACCCUGCAAAGAUGGAGUUGGCAUUACAAUUGUCCUGGGCCAUAGGGGAACAUGGAGGGGGUGGCGAAUCUCACAAAGAUGCAGCUCGUGAACUUUUUGAGAGUUUGGAACUACUGUUGUAUGAAAAUCUUUCAUCCAGUCGCCUGGGCCUAGGGGAGUCAGCACCUAGCUCUGGUCGUUCAACAUCCAGAAAAGCAACACACUCGAGACUUCUAUGUUUUGUUAUAACAGCAAUAGCAAAGCUUGCCACUCAUCACCACGAAUUACUUCCAAGGGCCCGGGUAGCUCUAACCAAGGUGGCUCGUUCUAAAAUAUCGGAUGUGAGGGUCUGGAGGCGAGCUCGUGAUUAUCUGGGUUUAAUGAAUGAACCUGCAAUAUGUUUGUCGAUCUUGGGUCCUUCACGGCCUUCGCACGGGUACAAACAGAACCCAGGCACUGUCAAUUGGAAUGAAGGUGCCAAGAAAAUUGUUGCUGAUAUACCCUUUUACAUUCUCAGUGAACAAGAAGGCCCACCCUUCCAUGACUUCUCAUUCUCGGACAUCCUUCCAGGAAGAUAAUGCAGAUGACUUUGAAGCCAGAAUUUUGCAUCAUCAGACCUUUCCCUAUUUUUCUUGGCUCAGGACAGUUGAGACUGGAGGUAUAUUAUGAAUAAUAUGACAUCUGCAAGUAUUUGUAUCUGCUGAUAAUAUGAUUUUCUGAAAUCUUUGGUUCUUCGAUUGUGGAUGCUUGGUAUGUGUUCUCAAUUUACUUAAUUCACUUGAUUUUUGGUGGUCU